CGGGGGCGGUGUGUCCCGGGGGCGGGGAGCGGCUGGGCGGGCGGCCGGGCUCUGUGGCCGAACGUUUAUCUCUGGGUGGCGGGGGCCUGCUCCCAGAGGUGGUGGCCAGAGGCGGGGGGCGCACUCUGCUGGGACGCGCAGGUCUCCUCUGGCCCUGUGCCGGCUGGGUCUGUGGGCAGACACCCCUGCGCGCCCGCAGCCCCUCAGCUCCGCGCGGGGCGGGCUGCCGGGGACAGCGCGGGGCCGCGUCCCGUCCCCGCCCGCCGCGCCCUGCCGAGCGACCCUGGUGAGUCCUGAUCCUCUCCGAGGAAACUUCCUUGAUCGCUGGAGGAUGAGAAUGGCGCGCAUACCUUUUCAGGAAUCUUGUGAGAAGCAGAAGAGUAAAUAAAGUGCUUCGUGUGUCUAGGGAAGAAUCGGGAGCGACCUGAAUGCAUCCCUCGGGUGCUGGUUAAGAAACGGGAGCGUGUCCACACCUCGGAAGCUCACCGUGCCGCUGAGGAAGCAUUGCUAGGCGGAAACAGCAAGAUACAAAGUAGAAUGCAUGUCCAGAUGCCAACCUGGCCACCACAGGGUAUCCCUCUGGACAACUAAAAGGGUCAGCUCUGGAGCCCAGGCUGAGGCCAGCCAGCCCUGAGCUUUAGACCAGGGCAAUGGCAUCCCCCCGGGAGCCCCAGGACCAGGCUCCUGGGGAGGGAGAAGGACUUCUGAUUGUGAAGGUAGAAGAUUCUUCCUGGGAGCAGGAAACUGCCCAGGAGGAGGACAUCAGGGAUGCUGAGACCUGCCGCCAGCGCUUUCGCCAGUUCUGCUAUGAGGAAGUAGGCGGACCACAUGAGGCCUUUAGCCAGCUCUGGGAGCUCUGCUGCCGCUGGUUGCGGCCGGAACUGCGCACCAAGGAGCAGAUCCUGGAGCUGCUGGUGCUGGAGCAGUUCUUGACGGUGCUGCCCGGGGAGAUCCAGACCCAGGUUCGGGGGCAGUGCCCAGGGAAUGGUGAGGAAGCUGUUGCCUUGGUGGAGGACCUACAGAAGCAGCCAGUGAAGGCCUGGCCGCAGGACGUGCCCUCAGAGGAUGAGGAACCUAAGGCUGUGAGCCAGACCUCCCAGGCCAAGGGGACGGUGGGGAUAGGGAGCCGGCCAUCUGCUCCCCACGAUCAGCCCAGCCAUCAUGCCCAGCUUCCUGCUCUUCUUAAAGAGAGGAGUACCAGAGAGACAACAGAUGCCUGCCUUGCCUCUGGGGUCCAUGGACCUGUGGCAUUGGGAGACAUUCCCUUCUAUUUCUCAAGGGAAGAAUGGGGCUCCCUGGACCCCGCUCAGAGGGAUCUCUUUUGGGACAUAAAGCGGGAGAACUCCCGGAGCACCACCCUGGGUCUGGAGCCCCAAAGUCAGAGCAGGAGGGCCCUGCUGGAGGAAGCGGUGAAGUCACUGCCAGGCCAAACGAGGGGCGAAGGGGCCGUGUCCUGGAGCCCCAAGGACGCUGAAGCCUGGGAGAGAGAGCACCAGCCCAAGGCGUCCCUGGGCCCGCCAGUGGGGGCGCGGCGGGGGCGGCCACCGACACGCCGGCGCCAGUUCCCGGAUCUAGCAGCAGAGAAGCCGCAUAGCUGCGGGCAGUGUGGGAAGCGCUUCCGCUGGGGCUCGGAUCUGGCUCGCCACCAGCGCACGCACACCGGCGAGAAGCCGCACAAGUGUCCCGAGUGCGACAAGAGCUUCCGCAGCUCUUCGGACCUGGUGCGCCACCAGGGCGUGCACACAGGCGAGAAGCCCUUCUCCUGCUCGGAGUGCGGCAAGAGCUUCAGCCGCAGCGCCUACCUGGCUGAUCACCAGCGCAUCCAUACGGGGGAGAAGCCCUUUGGCUGCAGUGACUGUGGCAAGAGCUUCUCGCUGCGCUCCUACCUGCUGGACCACCGGCGCGUGCACACCGGCGAGCGGCCCUUUGGCUGUGGCGAGUGCGACAAGAGCUUCAAGCAGCGUGCUCACCUCAUAGCCCACCAGAGCCUGCACGCCAAGAUGGCGCAGCCCGUGGGGUGAGCAGCCAGUGGGAGCCUUGCUGCCUCCUUUGUCCCUGGGGUUUCACCCAUCUUUGGCUACUUCCUGGCCUGCUGGAGUGACCCAGGCUCAAGGCUGCCCUGCCUGCCCCCGGGACGUGCCCUGCGCUCCCUGGAACAGAAGUCUGGCUGACCUUGCCUUCCCUUUUGCUGUUUCUCUUUUCCUUAGUUUCCGGGAGCCUUAGCAUAUUCCUGGCAGGGGCAGCAGGCAGUGUGAGGGUUCAGGCAGGGCCCAGGGCUUCUCCCCUGGGUCCCUCAGCCAGAUGUGGCCACUUGCCUCUUUGUUUCCGGGCUUCUCAGGUGGCUCCAUGGGCCAGGCCCUCUGCCCUCCCGACCUGUGCCUUCAGCAGGGGCAGAGGAGUAGCCUCAGCCCCCGCAGGGGACUGCUUGGCUUUGGGGGGGCAGUGGACCCACACAUGCCAGAAAAUGAGGUCUGGGUCUGGCCACAGGGAUAUUCUGGCCUGCAUUCCCUCCCACUUCCAGGCCAUGAGCACUGUGGCCUGGCCUGGCCAUAGGAAGCUGCCACAUUUGCUCUUGGCAGAUGCACACCCCCUUCCGUGAGCCUCCAUCUGCCAUUCCGGCUGGUAGGUGGUUGGAAGCCCCCGCUGCUCACUCCUCCAGAGGCAUGGCCUUGGCUGUACUUAACACUAGCACUCCGUCAGCACUGUGUUGCUGACUCCUUAAGCACUGCAUUCCAUUUUUUGUCUGCAUUUUGUGCAGAUUUGUAUGAGCAGGGACAGACCAGGUCCCUUCCCAAGAGGUCAGCCCAUUGGGCCUCAGAAGGGUUUGAAUAAACAUGGAAACUUCUC